AUGAGUGAUGGAGGUGAAGAUGAAGGCCAGGAAUGGCUAUAUGAAUUAUUAUCUGAAGUACAACUUGAAAAAUUCUUUACCAAACUUCGAGAUGAUCUUCAGGUCACCAGGUUGACACAUUUUGAUUAUGUAAAAGUAGAGGAUUUAGAAAAGAUAGGAAUGGGCAAGCCAGCCAUUAGAAGAUUGUUAGAUGCUAUUAAAAAGAAGAAAGCUAUGAAAAAGAAAGGAUUGUUAGACAAGAUAUUACCAGGUUCUAAAUCUCUAGAUAAAACAUCUUCUAGAAAACUAUCAUCAACAUCAUCAUCAGUUUCACCUAGUUCUCCUAGAACUAAUGAUCCUAGUUUAACUUGCUUAAUAGAUCAGAAGUUUCUCUAUAUCUAUGGCAAGUUAGGUAAUGGUUCAUUUGGUGUUGUAAGGAGAGGAGAAUGGGUUACUCCAACACAGAAUAAGGUUAAUGUAGCUAUCAAGAUUCUAAAGAAUGAUGCAUUAGCUCAACCUGGUGCUUUUGAAGAUUUUGUUAAAGAAGUGAAUUCUAUGCAUACAUUAAAUCAUCCUAAUUUAAUCAAGUUAUUUGGAGUUGUUCUGUCAUCACCUUUAAUGAUGGUAACAGAACUAGCAGAACAUGGUGCAUUAUUAGGUAAAUUACGUGAAGAAGGUCCUAAGUUAUUAAUUUGUACCUUGUUAGAGUAUGCUAUACAGAUAGCUAAUGGUAUGGGUUUCCUGGAAUCUAAACGUUUUAUACAUCGUGAUCUAGCAUGUAGAAAUGUUUUAUUAUCAGCCAAUGAUAAGGUGAAAAUUGGAGAUUUUGGAUUAAUGAGAGCAUUACCAAGUCAAGUUGAUCAUUAUGUUAUGUCAGAACAGAAAAAAGUUCCUUUUGCUUGGUGUGCUCCAGAAAGUUUAAAAUCUCGACAAUUUUCUCAUGCUAGUGAUAUGUGGAUGUUUGGUGUCACAUUAUGGGAGAUGUUUACCUAUGGUCAGGAACCAUGGCUGGGUUUAAAUGGCUCACAGAUAUUACAGAAGAUAGAUGUAGAUAAUGAAAGGUUACCAGAACCAGCUUAUUGUCCUACAGGUUUAUAUCAGCUAAUAUUACAGUGCUGGGCACAUAAACCAGCUGAGAGACCUAGUUUUGUGGCUAUCAAAGAGUCUCUUUGUGAGGUACAACCACCAGAAGUAAAAAGUCUGCAGAAUUAUGAUGAAAAAGAUAAAUUAAAGAUAGAAGAAGGAGAUCAUAUUAUUAUUAUAUCUGGAAAAUCUGAAAAUUUCUUUUGGAAUGGGCAAAAUAAACGUACAACUGAAAUUGGUUUAUUUCCAAGACAAUUGGUGGAUCCCUUAAGAAAGAGAGCAAGUCAAGAUAUUAGUAAACCAUUAAAGAAUAGUUUUAUUCAUGCUGGUCAUGGAGAUGUAUUUGGUAAAACUUGGGGUGAUCCUGCUACAAUAGAUGAGUUAGUAUCAAAUAUAUCAUUUCACUUGUUAUAA